GCUAAAUAGAGAAGAGAGAAAAUAUGUUUUGAGAUAAAUGUAUCUAAGUCUAAUAAUACAGCAGCAUUGGUAAUAUUUAAAUAUAUCCCUAGUCAAUUGUAUGCCUCUUGCUUUGUCAGUUCUUUCUAUUGGUGGGGGGGGUCCGGGAUGACUAAUAAGCUAUUGUAUGUAGAGGCCAACAUGAUGCUUCCUUUAGUACUAUCUACACUUAAUAACAAUUUAGUUCACUGGUACUUUACGUCCAGCAUGAAUUCAUGGGGAUAUAUUACAGAGUUAACGUUAGUGAAACAAUUUUUUUGUAACGUUAGCCUCCCAUUUAAAUACCAUGUAGAUAAAUACAUAAAACAAUAGCGUCCGUCGCCUUUGAUUGUUCUAUAGCUAGCUGUUAGCCACUGUGGCUCCGCUCCUGUGUGUCCUCUUGAUUUUCGCGUUAGCCUUUUAGCUAGGCUAGCUAGCUUUAUCGAGCUGGCAUGACACAGUGCUCGUUUCACGAGACAAUUAUUAAAAUGGCUGAUUUGAUUGCAAACAAUGGCUAGCGGACAGCUAUCACACCUACCCGCAUCUUAACAGGCCUCAUAUUUAACCUCAAUGGCCUGUCUAGGUAAUGCAGAUAAAAUGGUUUCAAGUUUAAAUAAAAGUGGCGAUGACUGCGGAGAAAGAUGCUCCGCCUGUACCACUGCACCCGAUGGGCUGCCUCAGCACCAGUCAACGCAAACCAUCAAUGAAGUGAACUGUCACCUGGAAAUGGGAAGGUUUUCAUUACAGCAAAAACAACUACUGUAGCGCAAGGUGCCAGAGCAGUGUUCACCAAUGGCAACCAAAGAGGGAAAACAGUGGUGGGAUCCAUAUGAAACAUCUCAUAGAAGACAAUUUGUCUACCGUCCAAACUCAGCUAAAGAGAUUCUGCUGUGCCCAACGUCAACUUCAUUUAUAGACUCCAGUUCACAGUCUAGACCUUUUGGUUCAACUGUGUACAACAAGGAUUUUUGCUGGAAGCCAGCCUGCAAACCUGAAUGCAUUCGCACAGGAACCGCCUCAGGGCAGAGGAGAAACAACCCACAUCCCAGUCAGUCUUUCAUCAUGUGGAGGCUGCCUAGGGACGCCACACAAAGCUCUGAGUAUGUCAGCUUUCCUUGGAAAUGUCCCCCAUCUGAGGAGGAGAUCCGUAAGGCCUGGACAGCACAGUACAGCUCCAUCUACAGAUGUGACUACAUGGGUAUGCCCCAAGGACAUGGGCAUAUUAAACAAGCAGAAAGAAGACUUACACCUCUGCACAGCAGGCGUGAAAUGCCGCUUUCUACUGGUACAGAGAUGAGGGACAAUUACCGCCAGCCAAAGCAACAUCCUGAACUGCUGGGCAACUACUCUCGCUACAGCUGCAGCACACAUCCUGACAUGGCCUGUCGUGGUAUAGUUCCAACUAUUGUGCAAAGGCACACUCAGCAAAAAAGAUCAGACAUGACCAACUACGACUGUGGAAAGAGCGUCACUGAUGUCACAUGUGAGAUAAAGUCUCUGCUGCCCCAGGAGCUGCAGCAGUUACACAGAAUUUUACCAGAAGAGGAAAAGGAGGCUGUAAGAACAGUUUUACACAAAGAUGUGUACCCAAACAACAAUGAGAAAGUGUAUAAACUCCCAGCGGAUGUGUCUAAGUCCUGCUCACCAGAGAGAAUAUCAAGCUGGCCAGGACCUCUCUGAACCUCAUGCCUUAUAUCAGUUAUUUCUUUAUCUGUCUUUGUAUUCUGUGUGUUUCCAUGUAAAUUAUUUUCAGGUUAGGGGUAAAACUGUAAUAAUAGAA